AUGGCGGCUUCCUCCUCCUCCUCCUCCUCUUCUGGCGGAGAUCCGGAUCCCAACUCGACAAAUUUACGGCCACCCUCCUCAAACUAUGACUGGAGUGGAGUCGCUCAUGGAUGCACGAGGAAACUUGGAAUGAAGAUAUGCGGAUUUUUGCAGAAGAACAAUAACGUGGACGACAAGAGUCGAAUUGUCGGGUUUAUUAACGAACAGCAGCCCAAGAGCAUCUUAACACGGGACAACGCGCGAGACGCUCGCUUCAGACGCGCAGAGACGGACUUCUCCAAUCUGUAUGCGCGAGAUCUGCUUCCUGCUAAGAAUGGAGAGGAGUAUACGAUGCAGUUCCUGCUGGAGGUGGUGGACAUCCUCACUAACUAUGUGCGAAAGACCUUCGACAGAUCCACAAAAGUGCUGGACUUCCAUCAUCCGCACCAGCUGCUGGAGGGAAUGGAGGGCUUCAACCUAGAUCUGUGUGAUGAGCCCGAGAGUCUGGAGCAGAUCCUGGUGGACUGCAGGGACACGCUCAAAUACGGCAUCCGCACCGGUCACCCAAGGUUUUUUAACCAGCUGUCUUCAGGUCUAGACAUCAUUGGUUUAGCUGGAGAAUGGCUGACUUCUACUGCCAACACUAACAUGUUCACAUAUGAGAUUGCACCAGUGUUUGUACUGAUGGAACAGCUCACCCUGAAGAAAAUGCGAGAGAUCAUUGGCUGGCCGAAUGGAGAGGGCGAUGGCAUUUUCUCACCAGGAGGAGCAAUCUCAAACAUGUACAGCUUGAUGGUGGCACGGUAUAAACACUACCCUGAGGUUAAAAUCAAAGGCAUGGCAGCGGCUCCCAGAUUGGUGCUGUUCACCUCUGAACAUAGUCACUACUCUAUAAAGAAGGCCAGUGCAGUGUUGGGAUUCGGCACAGAGAAUCUGAUCUUGCUGAAGACAGAUGAGAGAGGUAGAGUGAUUCCGGCUGAUCUGGAGGCCAAAGUCAUUGAUGCCAAACAGAAGGGGUUUGUGCCAGUGUUUGUGAACGCUACAGCUGGAUCUACAGUGUAUGGAGCCUUUGAUCCAAUCAAUGAGAUUGCUGACAUCUGUGAGAAAUACAACAUCUGGCUUCAUGUGGAUGGAGCAUGGGGUGGAGGUUUGCUGAUGUCUAGAAAACACAGACACAAGCUGAAUGGCGUAGAGAGAGCAAACUCUGUCACAUGGAACCCACACAAGAUGAUGGGCGUUCCACUACAGUGCUCCGCCAUUCUGGUCCGAGAGAAGGGUCUUCUUCAGGGCUGUAACUCCAUGUGUGCAGGAUAUCUCUUUCAGCCGGAUAAGCAGUAUGAUGUCACCUAUGACACAGGGGACAAGGCCAUACAGUGUGGCCGUCAUGUAGACAUCUUCAAAUUCUGGCUCAUGUGGAAGUCAAAGGGCACUAUAGGCUUUGAGAAGCACAUUGACAGAUGUCUGGAGCUGUCUGAGUAUCUCUACCACAAGAUAAAGAACCGGGAAGGAUAUGAGAUGGUGUUUCAAGGGGAGCCCCAACACACUAAUGUGUGUUUCUGGUACAUUCCUCCAAGCCUGAGGCUUCUGCCAGAUGGAGAGGAGAAAAGACAACGACUUCAUAAGGUUGCUCCCAAGAUCAAGGCAAUGAUGAUGGAGUGUGGAACAACAAUGGUGGGCUACCAGCCUCAAGGCAAUAAGGUCAACUUCUUCAGAAUGGUUGUCUCUAAUCCGGCUGUAACCAGGUCUGACAUUGACUUCCUGAUCGAUGAGAUAGAAAGACUGGGCCAGGAUUUAUAGAGUGCACAGGGUUGGAUAUUCAGUAGAUGUUAGUAAAUUGUGUAGAAAUAUAGGAAAUGGAGAAGAUGUUUUGAAGCAAUGUAUCAGCUGGACAUUCCAGAGUAUUAGACCAAUGAGGUGCUCUAGAAUAAUGAACCUCUCUGAUGUUCUAGAAUGUUCCACUAAGAAACUGGACAUUUCAGAAUGCAGAGGUGGUGAGCUCUUAAAGCUAUAAUUUCAUAAUGAAGGAUCAGAUUUCCUCCUAUGACAUUAUAUGUCCUCUCUUCUUCCCUUCCCCCUGUUCUCUUGUCUCAUGUUUAUUGUGUUCUUUCUAUUGUAACACUUAUAAGGUUCCCUUUCUGGUUAACUACAUUUGUUGGCAUGAACUGACAUUGCCAAAAUACUUAAUGCAUAUAUUAAUCUUAUUUUGUUAUUUUUAAUAUUUACAAAUACAUCUACAAUUAUUUAAUGGACCUGAGCUAACUUGAAUUAGCAAUGAGCAGUUGUAUAUUUAUGAACUAAGGUUAACAAAGAUUGAUAAAUCUGUUAU